UCCGUUGUCAAGGUAUAUGUAUACAAGUAUAUAAACAUCAUCUCUAACGCAGUAAGGUUGUAUUGGAAAAGAUGGAUCUGAAAGUUGUCCUCGUGCUUAUUGGCGUUCUUUGUGUGACACACGCCAAAUCGUGGGCAAGAUCAUAUGAUCAGGAUGAAGAAAAACUAAUACGAGAAUUAUUGAGAGAGUCUUUAAGUGAGAGAAAGAAACCCAGACCCCCAACUACGAGCCCUCCUCAAACACGUCCACCAACAGAUGGACCUAUACCUCCUACAUUACCACCACCCGAAAUUGUCUAUGAUCCGAUUCCAGACCAAGGACCACCUAUGCUAGAGGGAAAGAGACAGUUUCCCCCUAAAGCAAGUGCAUCAACUGAUGGACCUCCACCUUCAUCUACAGCUCCACCUCCACCUCCACCUCCACCUACACCUCACUAUGAUGAGGGUCACCAUGAAGAACCACCUAUGAUAACGCUAGCAAAAAAAGAAAUAAAAAAAAAACCGGAUUCGCCCGUCAUCCCUCCUGCUGGUUGUGCAUGCCCACCACCACUUCCAGGCGGAAAAGCUCGUCGUUGUAUUUGUCCACCACCGCCACCUCCGAAAAUACUUUCAACUACACAACAGCCUUCAAGAAAACGAUCUAGGUUGCAAAGCAGACGCUUAGAAGCAGCUAUUAGAAAUCUUCAAGUUAUACUCAAUGGAGAAGGAAAGUAGAAACUUAUAUGCUACGAAGUAGUAGCAGAUGAAUGGACCGUCCCUGGACAUGAGAUAGAAACAAGAAUAUAUAACUUUAAACUAUAAUUAAAACUAUGAUGUGUCUUUUAAUAAAUAAUGUCUCUUUUGAA